UGGCGCCUUCCGACUCUAGAGCCUCUUGCAGCCAACAUGCGCCUCUCGCUCUCACUCGCCACGAUCGCCCUGGCACACUAUGUGUCGGCGGCGGCGUACGACCCAAGCCAACUUCGAGGCAUCUCGGACCCGGUGUUGAUCGCCAAGAUCGAAGGCUACAUGCCACCGAUCUGCUCCAAGCUGUACGGCGAUGAGAAGCACUGGUCGCCGUGGAGCAACUGCUCGGCCGAGUGCGGCCUCGGCGAGCAGGUUCGGUACCUCAACGGCAUUGGCCAGAAGAACGCCGUGACGAAUGGCUGCGAGAUUCAGCAGGACAAGCAGGCGUGCCACGGCACCUUGUGUCCCCAAGACUGCCUCUACUCGGACUUUACCGCGUGGUCGACGUGCGACGCCACGACGGGCACCCAAGUGCGGUCGCGCUCCGAGACGACGCUUGCACUCAACGGCGGCAAGGACUGCCCGACGCUCUGGGGCCCACCCACCGAAACGCGCGAUUGCAACAUCGACUGCGACGGCAGCUGGGAGGAGUGGACCGAGUGCAGCGGGACGUCGGCGACGCAGUCGCGGUCGUACUCUGUCUCGCAGUACCCGCGCAACAACGGCAAGUCGUGCCCGGCGCUCCAGACGCAGGACUGCAACCCGGCGUGCGGCAGCGUCGCGUGGGGACCGUACUCGACGUGCGACCCUGUCUCGGGCACGUACACCCGCACGCGCCAUGUGCCGGUCGACGCUAACUUUGUGCGUCUCACGGUGGCACUGCGCCAGAACCAGUGCGCGACCGUCGACACGCAGGCGUGCAACAUCGACUGCAAGCUCGGCGAAUGGACGCCGUCGGGCGCGUGCGACGCGAUGACGGGGACCCAAGCGUUCAAGCGCGAGGUGCUCCAAAAGGAAAUCAACUGCGGCAAGCCUUGCGACUCGGUCGCCCACAACACGGCCUUGACCAAGUCGGAGCCGUGCGCCGUCCACUGCCAAGUCAGUGCGUGGUCGGACUGGGUCUGCAACCCGUCGACGGGUGAGUCGACGCGCUCGCGCUCGAUCACGCAAAACCCCAAGAACGGCGGCUCCGACUGCGGCGAGCUUCAGCAGACGCGUGAUUGCCGCUGCACCGGCGACGUGUGCCCCGAGCCGUGCGAGACGGGUGACUGGACGCAAGGCAAGUGCUCGCCUGACUCGUGCACGCUGGUCAGCGAGACGACCAUGGUGUACCCGAUCCGCGACGCGGGCAAGGUCUGCAACCUCUACAAGACCGAGCCCUGCACGCUCGACGCCGUCAUGGGUCCGUGGGGCGACUGGGGUGCGUGCGACGCCACGGCCCACCAAACGCGCACCCGCGAAAUUGUGAACGCGGCGUGCAACGGUGGCCAAGCCGCGGGCCCAACGUCCGAGAAGCGCAGCUGCCAAGAGAUCUGCGACCAUGCCCACAACCCGUGGGGUGAGUGGUCGGUGUGCGACCAGACGACGGCAACGCAGACGCGCUCGCGUGCGAUCGUGAACCCGCCGACGGCAGACCAGGAGCCGUGCGCCACGAGUCAAGUGCGCGACUGCGCGGUGGACUGCGUCAUGGACAACUGGGGCGAGUGGAGCGAGUGCGACGAAUGCACGGGUCUCCAGGUCCACAACCGCAAGGUCCUGAUCCCGAUGCAAAACGGCGGCAACCAGUGCCCGCCGACGCAGGAAACCCAGACGUGUGCCGUCACGUGCAUGGCGAGCGAGUGGACACCGUGGAGCGCGCCGGACGACUCGUGCACGUGCAGCCGCACCCGGACGGAAAUCGCGCCGGCCAUCAACGGUGGCACCUGCCAGCUCACGGAUACCGACCCCACGUGCACGCAGAACUGCCAAGUCAGCGACUGGAGCGUCCCUGACGAGUGCAUUCUCAGCGGUGCCCACGCCGGCAAGCAGCGCUCGACCCGCUCCAUCACGACCAAGCACUGCAACGGCGGCGCCCAGUGCCCCGACGACCUCGAGCGCUACACCGACUGCAACGUCGACUGCGUCCUCAGCGACUGGUCCGAGUGGAGCUCGUGCGACUUGAAGACACAGCAGCAGACGCGCACGCGCUCGGUCUUGCAGCAAUCGUACAACGGCGGCGCUGCGUGCGGCACGCUCGUCGACUACCAGGGCUGUGGCUCGUGCGCCGACAUCGUCUCGGACUUUUCGUACUCGGAGUGUGAUGCGACGACGGGUCUCCGCACCGGCACGGCGACGUACUUGUACCCGCCCCAGAACGGCCUCGCGUGCAACCUCGUCGUGCAAGACACGUGCGCGGUCCAUUGUGUCCUCUCGGAAUGGAGCGCGGGUCAGUGCAACGUACAAGGUGAACUCGCGGGCAAGGUGGUUUCGACCCGCUCGAUCCUCACGCCGCCGCUCAACGGUGGCCGCAAGUGUGAGGACCUCACCAAGCACGACAAGUGCGUCGUCGACUGCAUGCCGGGCGACACGUGGGGCGCGUGGUCGGACUGCAGCGCGCAGGGCUUCUCGCGCCGCGUCAUCAACGUCCUAUACCCGGCGCAGAACGGCGGCCGCAACGACGAGUGCUUGGUCGAAGAGCAGAAGACGUGCGCUGUCGACUGCGCCAUCGACCCCGUCUCGGGCGAGAUCACGCAGCCGUCGCUCAACGGCGGUAUGACGUGCCACGAGUUUGCCAACGCCAACAACAUUCCCGGCAGCUACCCCGACUACUCGACCACAUCGAGCAUCUCGUUCAUGACCAUGCUCGCCAGCAACAAGUCGUACGCACUCGCGGCCGCGGCCUCGGGCGGUGUCGGCGUCAUGUUCCUCGUCGGGUUCUUCACGACGCGCCAGCGCCGCGGCUACAACUCCAUCUCUGGCCAGGCCUUGUAAGCGGCAGAUCCUGUCUCUCGCGCGCCGCUGUUCGUGCGCCAUGUUGUCCUUUCUUCCUUUCAUGAGUACUACGAGUAGUGAAUAACAUCGUCAAUACAGUCAUAUUCGCUCGAACCC